CGCACCCAUGACCACCUACACGAUCAUCUCCGCCCUUGUCCUCGCGAUCCCGGCCGUCUUUAUCUAUCGCAAAAUCUUUGCGGGUUCUGCGAACCCAACAUCGACAGGCGCAACCGCAGGAACGAGCGAGAAAGCACAGGAGGAACCCAAGACUAUCAUGCAGCCGCCGCCCGACGACCUCGCGCCGCCCAAGGACGACCCCUUUACGCUCGAACAACUGAAGCCGUACGACGGCUCAGACCCGUCAAAACCGAUCUACGUUGCGAUUAAAGGCACCGUGUUCGACGUGUCGCGCAAGCGCGAGACGUAUGGCAAGGGCGGGUCGUACAACCUCUUCGCGGGCAGAGAUGCCUCGCGUGCUCUCGGCAUGUCGAGCUUGAAAGAGCAAGAUGCGUCUCCGGACUACAGCACCUUGUCAGAGAGCGAUAUGAAGGUCCUCAACGACUGGCACGAGUUCUUCUCGAAACGGUAUAGCAUUGUUGGAAAGGUCGUAGACCUCCCGCCUGCUGUGGCAAACCUAUAGACGGUCGGAUACAUUAUAAGCACCUGUGUACUUAUGUGUAGAUUUCAGGAAUGACCACUGCUGG